GUGCCCGCCCUCUGCUUUGAGAUCCGGCGCGCUGAUUGGCCGGGCUCUGCUGGGGGCGCGCUAAUUGGUUCGUGGGCGAGGCAGGCGCGUCUGGUCUCUCUUGCUCGGAGGAUCCGCGAUGAGCGGGGCUGCCCUGGACGGCGCCGGCGCCCCUGCGGGGGGAGCCGGAGGGGGACGCCGCGCGGCUGCCAAGCGCCGCCUGCCCGCCCCCGCCUGCCCGCGCCUGGCAGACCCCCACCAGCUCUUCGACGACACCAGCUCUGGAGCCGCGGCGCCUCCCGCGGGCCGGGCCGCCGCCUCCUCCUCUUCCCCCGCCGGCGGGGCCGCCUACUCCGAGCAGGCCUCCUUCCUCUCCGAGCCCGUCUCCAGCUUCGCCGCGGCCUACGGCAGCAGCUUAGCCACCCAUGGCAAGGAGAUCGUCGACCGGCACAUUGACCGCUUCAUUCCCGUGACCAAGCUGAAGUACUACUUUGCGGUGGACACGGUCUACGUGGGCAGGAAGCUGGGGCUGCUCCUGUUCCCCUUCCUGCACCAGGACUGGCAGGUGCAGUACCAGCAGGACACGCCCGUGGCUCCCCGCUUCGAUGUCAACGCGCCUGACCUCUACAUUCCAGUCAUGGCAUUCAUCACCUACAUCUUGGUGGCCGGGCUGGCGCUGGGAACGCAGAAUAGAUUCUCCCCAGACCUCCUGGGCUUGCAGGCAAGCUCCGCCUUGGCCUGGCUCAUUGUCGAGGUGCUGGCCAUUCUCCUGAGCCUCUACCUUGUGACUGUCAACGCAGACUUGUCCACAAUCGACGUGGUUGCCUUUUCAGGCUACAAAUAUGUCGGGAUGAUUGUGGGCCUUCUGGCCGGACUGCUCUUUGGGAAGAUGGGCUACUACCUGCUGCUGAGCUGGUGCUGCCUCGCGAUCUUCGUCUUCACGAUUCGGACCUUGCGCCUGAAGAUCCUGUCCGAGGCAGCGGCGGAGGGCGUCUUGGUGCGGGGGGCCAAGAACCAGCUGCGCAUGUACCUGACCAUGGCUGUGGCUGGGCUGCAGCCACUCAUCAUGUACUGGCUCACCUUCCACCUUGUCCGCUGAGCUGGCGCCUCCUCCGGCAGGCGCUGCAGAAACACACUGGAGAUCGAGGCACCUGGGACUCCCUUGAUGGCCGUCUUUGUGGGGAAGGGUCUUGGGCAGCAGGCAGUGGCAACCCUAACCCUAACCCCACCCAGCCCUACUCGCAAUCAGCAGCCUGGCUCUCGGCUCUGCUGCUGCUGCUGCACCCUCCCCCCCCCCGCCCCUGCAUGGAGGCUGCAGGCCCUGGGCUUGCCUGCUGCUUGGCUAGAAGCUCAGUAUUAUUGGGAGGGGCACGUUAUGGGGGCGGGACGAAGGGGGCUCAUCCUGAGGGGCUUGCUGCUUUGUGUCUAGUCUUACAACAAGCACAUUAAAAGGGUGGAGCCUGCA